CGCGCUCCGUGAGGUCACGGUGCGUGAAGGCAGAGCCGGCGCUGGCCGGGCACCGGCGGGCUCGGCCCGAGCGUUCCGGGCUGGCCGCGGUUUCCGGGAGGGGAAAGCGGCGGCGCUUCCGGUACGGACGGUUCGGCCCCCCCCACCCCGUCCCGCUCCGGCUGGCGGAAGUGACGCCGGGGUUUGUUGACAGCGGAGGCCGCGGCGGGGGGAGCGGGCCCCAGGAGGACGCGGACCCCCCCCUGCCCGCCCCGGGGAGCGGCGCCGGGACCAGCCGCGGCUCCCGCCGCCCCCCAUCGGCCGCGCCGGGCGGGGGCCUGGCGCCAGCUGUCCUGAUGUCCCUGUAAAUUCAUCCUGGAACUUCAUUUGAGGAAAGGAUCUCCUGACUCAAAAAGCUUCCUUCUGCUCUUCCCCUUCCCAUAAUUUCUCUCAAGAUGGCAUCCGACAGCCCCGAGUCACUGAUGGCCCUGUGCACUGAUUACUGCCUUCGCAACUUGGAGGGGACUCUCUGCUACCUCCUGGACAACGAAACUCUCCGGCUCCAUCCUGACAUUUUCUUGCCGAGCGAGAUUUGUGACAAGCUUGUCAAUGAGUACGUGGAGCUGGUGAAGACAGACAGCAUCUUUGAACCCCACGAAAGCUUCUUCACCCUGUUCUCAGAUCCCCGGAGCACCAGGCUAGCUCGGAUCCACUUGCGGGAACAGAUUGUGCAGGACCAGGACCUGGAGGCCAUCAGGAAGCAGGAUCUUGUUGAGCUUUACCUGACUAACUGUGAGAAGCUGACAGCCAAGAGCCUACAAACCUUGGUGAGCUUCAGCCACACACUUAUCUCCCUUAGCCUCUUUGGCUGCUGUAAUAUCUUCUAUGAGGAGGAGAACCCUGGAGGCUGUGAAGAUGACUGUUUGGUGAACCCCACUCGCCAGGUCUUGGUGAAGGACUUUACUUUUGAAGGCUUCAGCCGCUUGCGCUUCCUGAACCUGGGCCGCUUGAUUGAGGGGGUUAAUGUGGAGACGUUGCUUCGGCCUUUGGCCUCCCUUGCAGCCCUUGAUCUCUCUGGGAUCCAGCUGAAUGAUGUGGGAUUUCUGACCCAGUGGAAGGACAGUCUGGUUUCCUUAGUGCUUUACAACAUGGACCUUUCAGAGGAGCACAUCCAAGUGAUCGCACAGCUUCGCAAGCUCAGGCACUUGGAUAUCUCCCGAGACCAUCUGUCCAGUUAUUACAAAUUCAAGCUGACCCGGCGGGUUCUAAACCUGUUUGUGGAAAACUUGGUAAACCUCACGUCGCUCGAUAUCUCAGGGCACACCAUGCUGGAGAACUGCACUAUCCCAAGCAUGGAGGAGAAGAUGGGCCAGACAAGCAUUGAGCCAGCAAAGAGCAGCAUUGCUCCCUUCCGGGGGCUGAAACGACCACUCCAGUUCUUGGGCCUUUUUGAAACAUCUCUCUGCCGCCUGACGCAUAUUCCAGCCUACAAGGUGAGUGGAGACAAGAAUGAAGAGCAAGUCCUGAAUGCAAUUGAGGCUUACACUGAACACCGGCCAGAAAUCACUUCCCGGGCCAUCAACCUGCUUUUUGACAUAGCCCGUAUCGAACGCUGCAGCCAGCUGCUGCGAGCCCUUCAGCUGGUGAUCACAGCCCUCAAGUGCCACAAGGAUGACAAGAACAUCCAGGUGACAGGCAGCGCGGCGCUGUUCUACUUGACCAACUCCGAGUACCGCAUGGAGCAGAGCGUAAAGCUGCGGCGCCAGGUCAUCCAGGUGGUGCUGAAUGGCAUGGAGUCCUACCAGGAAGUCACAGUACAGCGGAACUGCUGCCUGACCCUGUGCAACUUCAGCAUUCCUGAGGAGCUGGAGUUCCAGUACCGCCGAGUCAACGAGCUGCUGCUGAACAUCCUCAACCAGAGCCGGCAGGAUGAGUCCAUCCAACGCAUCGCUGUGCACCUCUGUAACGCUCUGGUCUGCCAGGUGGACAACGACCAUAAAGAAGCUGUGGGCAAGAUGGGGUUUGUCAUGACAAUGCUGAAGUUGAUUCAGAAGAAGUUGGCUGAUAAAACGUGUGAUCAGGUGAUGGAGUUCUCCUGGAGUGCCCUCUGGAACAUCACUGAUGAGACCCCCGAUAACUGUGAGAUGUUCCUUAACUACAGCGGCAUGAAACUGUUCUUGGAGUGCUUGAAAGAGUUCCCAGAGAAGCAGGAACUGCAUCGCAACAUGCUGGGUCUCCUGGGCAAUGUAGCAGAGGUGAAGGAGCUCCGCCCGCAGCUCAUGACCUCCCAGUUCAUCAGUGUGUUCAGUAACUUGCUGGAAAGCAAAGCAGACGGGAUUGAGGUAUCCUAUAAUGCCUGUGGUGUGCUCUCCCAUAUCAUGUUUGAUGGUCCAGAGGCUUGGGGUAUAUGUGAGCCCCAGCGAGAGGAAGUUGUAAAGAGGAUGUGGGCAGCAAUCCAGAGCUGGGAUAUCAACUCCAGGAGAAAUAUCAAUUACAGGUCAUUUGAACCAAUCCUUCGACUUCUUCCACAAGGGAUCUCCCCAGUCAGCCAGCACUGGGCUACCUGGGCACUGUAUAACCUGGUCUCUGUCUACCCUGACAAGUACUGCCCACUGCUGAUCAAAGAAGGUGGGAUCCCCCUUCUGAAGGACAUGAUUAAAAUGGCCUCAGCACGGCAAGAGACCAAGGAAAUGGCCCGGAAAGUUAUAGAGCACUGCAGUAACUUUAAGGAGGAGAACAUGGACACUUCCAGAUAGAGGCAGUCCUCUUACCGCCUCGUGCCAGCACUGUAUCCAGCUUCUCUCUAAUUCACUGUAUAUAGAGAGGACUCUUUCUUACCAACGCGCCUGUUGGAAGGAAAACUUCAUGUGUGUGUGUGAGACCCUCAGUAGAUGAAGGUGAACAGGGAAGGGGGGGGGGGGACUUUUUGCACAACAAAACGCUUUCCUUAAAUUAGUGGACUUUUUUUUUUGUUAUGAAGUUUCAGGUUGAAGUUCUGUGUGUAUGAUUUCUGUAUAAAAAGAAAACAAAAAACAAAGACAACUACACUAUGUAUCUUUUAACCUUUUUAUUUUAGACCACACAGAGAGCCUCAAAUGACCAUGAGCUUGAAGACCUACUUGUGUGAUCACUAGUGUGACAUUUUUAUUUCCCACUUUUUAGAAAAUUCCCUUUUGCUGUAUUGCAUGAGGUCCUGUAAUGUCUGCAAGAACACCAGUCCUGAAUCAGCGUUGGCUGCUCAGUGGGGCUACAGGCAGCAAUGAGUUACUUAUUUGGUCAGAGAUGUUGGGGGGCACAAUACCAGAGAGUUAGAGCAAAAGAACCAACCUUUUUAGUGCCAGUUGUAAAUGGAGGAAAUGAAGAUGAAAGAACUUUCAAGUCAAUUCACUCCCUUAAGGGUUUUUAUAGAAGACUCACAUUAAUGGAAGUAUUGCUAACUGUACGUGGGUCAUUCAGAAGUAAGACAUUCCCAUUAAAGUCAAGAGAUCUGGUUUGUCCCCUCUGGCAGUGCAGUGGGAUCUGCCAGCCCAGCUAGCCUCAAGGCCAGUAAAACCAGUUACAUGUCCUUGGCUACACAGAGCUUUUCUCUCUAAGGGAGCCUCUCCAAGAAGGAACAAGGUUUGUUCACAAAGGGCUACACAUCUUUAUUCAGAUCCUUCACCACCUUUUUACUUGUGUUCUGUUUUAUGGGGAAGGGCUAAGAAUGCCAGAGAGAGUACUUCCCCUCUGCAUAAGAUCUACUAGGCCUUAGUCCAGAGCAGCCUGAACCACUUGUGCCAGUCCUAGUAAUGUACUGGAGCUGCUCUGCUCUCCCUCAGUUAGCAUCUGUGCAAGUAAUCUCCCUUUGUAGGAAGCUUACUGCAGCACAGAGGCUGUAAUUGGAGGUGCCAAACAACCCUCCAGAGACUGGAGAGUCUCCAGGCACCCUAUGGAGAGCAAUCCCAUGAAAUAGCACCUCUUGUUCCACCCCAACAUAUCCCCCCUCUUCUGGGAAGCAGAAGGCUUUAUCCUUACCUGACUCUGUCACUUACCCACACAGUCCCACUCCCAUCAGCAGCAUUACCCCAACUGAUAUGGUGUAGGUGAGAGGAGAGUCCUGCUGAGGUGGUCUUCACCUGGGAGGCUCUGGAUCUCUAAAGGCUCAAGAAACCACAGGCUGAGGCUUGUCUUGCAGCUGGGCACUCAAUAACACACUCAACAAAGGGCAGUCCUUGCCUAGAGCCCUCUGCUUGCCACAGUUCUCUCACAAAUCUUCCCUUAGGAAGGAUUCAGGACAGACUCCAUGUCUGGUGCAGUAAGAGGAGGCCACAGCCACACGUGUUCUGACAUUUCAGGCCUCAGCACAGUAACCUUCGCUGCUCUCUUCCCUUGUAUACGUUGCUCUCAGAUUUGACUCGCUGCUAUGAGGUUCUUCUAAUGCUCAGAGUUGAUGUUGUCAUUGCUGAGCACGUUAUAGACAGAUCCUAGAUACACAAACUGACACUUUAAAUGACACAACACAGCUGCCCUGGACAGGUUUACUUUUUCUGCCAAUAUGGUGUUAUUCAAUGUCUUUUUAACCAUACGUCAUUUGUUUUGGUAUUGUGAGAUCUGUACUUUUUUCUUUUAAGUAUUUUUCAAACUUAUAUAUAUUUUUGUGUCACUUUUGAAUUGUUUUCAUAUGGUUUGCAAAACUUGACAAAUUAUACUUUUUUUUUUGCAGUUGUUUGAAUGAAAUGUAUUUUCCUCUCUCUCAUUCCUGUUCCCCAAGAAUAUGUGUCCCUAUGAGCUUUGAGACAGGGAAGCUUAUUUCAAGGUCUGUUUUCUGUGUAACAUUUGCUAAUCUUCCUUCUAGAUGCAAAACUAAGAGGGGAGUCAGGCUUUGCUCCUUUAAUUCUCCAUUUAGUGCUGCUGACCUUCUGAAGUUGUUUCAUGUGACAGUGCCACCCACUAAGCCUCCCUCCUUUCUAACGCCUGUAUAGUGAAAGCUCCUACCAUUAAAGUCUUGAAUCACUUGACAAAACCCGUGGAGAUUAAUGGAGUCAGGUCAGGCUGAUAGAAAAGCUUAGCUCUCUGAGUGUGCACUGAUCCCAGGGGGAAAGGGGAGCUCUAACUGCUGUGCAACAGCCAGCUACACAUAAGAUUUUGAGUCAGGCCACCAGCAAGGUAAAUGCCUGAGACAGCAUUUGAAAUGAAACAGCAUCCCUGGUAGAGUAACAUGACCUUUGGCUACAAGCUUCCGUGGACUUUGUGAGCUGAAAAAUAACAUUUCCCUUUCAGUAAGCAGCAAAAGAGAGAAAGGUAUCCUCAGAAUACCUGAGCAUAAUCCAGGAAUUCCUGGAAUUGGAAGUUUAGAACUAGUUUGUACCUCCAUUUUCCUUACUGAAAGCACAGGAGCUCUUGCACCCUGGGCAUAAUGCAUGUACCAUGAUCCAAAAGCACUUUUUGGAGGCAAAGAGGUGUUAAUUGCUCAGGAUAGAAGAGGGUAAUUAUCUGCAGCCAUCUCACCAAUAUUCUGCCAAGGAGGGGAGGGCAAAGUGGCUGAUUUUUUAUGAAGGUCUAAUGUAAAAGCGGAACUUGCAUACCCUGAAAUGUUUGACUCGUAGAGAAGCCUCUCAGGCCUUCCAGCUUUGCUUGACUUGGCCAAGUUACUGACUUGGGCCACUGAUCCAUGAAGGCAUCCUCCAGCCAGGAUAGAAACUACAUACAGCCAAGGUAGAGGGUUCCUUUGAUAGCACACUCUCUGCAGAGAGCUACUGAGUUGUGUUUGUGCUCUGCUUGCCAUGCUUUUGAACGUUAACGUAGUAGUGAGAACAUGAAUAAGAGGCUGAACAGGACAACAGCUACAGAUCAUGCAGAGAAAAUGGCAGACACCUGACACCCUGUGUGCAAUAGAUAAACAAGCAAGUUAGUGGGCAACCUUCCACAAGUGCUUCCAUUUUACUGGAUCUGUGGGAGGAAUUGCUUACAAGGAUUGGCAUCUACUUAUAUGAUAUUUAGCACCCAGCAGCACCAGACUUUCUUACUUAGUCCAAGCCAAGAAACUUUUAGCACUGAUUCUUGUGGCAAUUAGUAAACAUUGCAGAUCAUUCAUCUGCCCCAUCUGCAUGAGGGCUGCUAUUACCCUACACCUACUGGAUGAAAUGAUCUGUUGAGCACAGUCCUAUCCAGCUUAUCCCUUUGGUUGGGCUUCUGCUGCAGGCAGUCUGGUCUCUGUGAAAGAUGAGUGGGAAGAAAAGUCUUGGAGUUGUGAGCCUAGUCCCCUCUCAUCACUUGAAGGCAAUAAUUACCCAUAGGAGGAGAGCUAUAGGGGCUCUGCAUUCAGGCAUUGCUCCACAGAAAAGACAUGAGACUGUUUAGGGAGGAGCCUGCCACAGCUCAGGUGUUAGAGGGGACCUUGUGCUGGAAAAAGAGAAUUAAAAGUAGGGGAACAGCUGGUCUCUACAAGAGCCAUGUGUAAGAAGCACAGAGGGUAAUAGUUAUCAGGAAUAGAGGAAAACCAACAUAGGGGCUGGAUGAGAAAACAGCACUUAAAAGAAGGAAUGAGGGAGAUUUCCUGCUGAACUGAAACACUUCUCUAGCAGACUAUGUUUUGAUUUCAUCUAAUUGUCACUGAUUCUCUCUGUAAUUCUUCUCUUGUUUUUAAAAAAAAGUUUUUAAGCUAACCAAAUGUGUAUUUCCUUGUUUUGCUUCAAGAAAAUAACCUCAGUUAUAAUGAGCAAGCGUCUGCUUUUACUCUGUCCAUUGACCUGCCUGAUGUUGAGAGGCCUGGUUCAAAUGUUUGUACAUGGUGAAACCAAGCAAAAAAAUAAUAAUGCACAACUGUUGCUUCCUUACAAUUCUGAAUGAAUUAACUUUUCUGUUGUAUCCAUUGGAUACCCGCUGUGUAUUAAACCUAGUGCUUAACAA